AUGCUCACCCUCUCCGCCGACAUGGACGAGUCUUCGUCGCUUCUGGAUCUGCUGGAGUGCUCGGUGUGCCUGGAGCGCCUGGACACCACGGCCAAGGUACUGCCGUGCCAGCACACCUUCUGCCGCCGCUGCCUGGAGAACAUUGUCAGCUCCCGGAACGAGCUCCGCUGCCCGGAGUGCCGCAUCCUGGUGGACUGCGGGGUAGACGACCUGCCCGCUAACAUCCUCCUGGUUCGCCUCCUGGACGGUAUCAAGCAGCGGCCCCAGCGAGGGAGCGGAGGAGGAGUAGGCGCAGGCGGCAGGCAGUCCCUGGCCGGGGGCUCGCUGCAGGGAUACGCAGCCGGGAUAUCAGCUUCUCCCCCGGGCAGUGCGAUCAGAGAGCUGCCCGUAGCCACCAGGAGCUCCCCUGUUAAGAAUAUCCCAGCUCUGCCUUGUGGUAAGGCCCUCUACUCCUACGAGGGAAAAGAACCAGGCGAUCUCCAGUUUUCCAAGGGUGACAUCAUCAUCCUGCGACGCAAGGUGGAUGACAACUGGUACCAUGGCGAGCUCAACGGCUGCCAUGGUUUCUUGCCUGCGAGUUACAUCCAGUUGUUGCGUCCCCUGAGUCAGACUCCACCCCAGGGCAAAGCACUGUACGACUUUGAGGUCAAAGACAAAGAUCAGGAUAAAGACUGUCUGGCCUUCAGCAAGGAUGAGGUACUGACAGUAAUCAGGCGAGUGGACGAGAACUGGGCAGAGGGCAUGCUGGGAGACAAGAUUGGUAUCUUCCCUAUUCUUUAUGUGGAGUUAAAUGAAACAGCCAAGCAGCUAAUGGAGAUAGACAAACCUACGCCAACUAACGUUCCAGGUCCAAGUUCUGAGCCAGCCCCGUUGGGCCCCUGCUCUCCUGGCCCCUCCCCCAGCGCUUCCCCGUCAAAUGGUAACGGCUCUGGUCAUCGGAGAGGUGAAGGAAAGAAAAACGCCAAGAAGCGGCAUUCGUUUACGGCACUAUCCGUCAGCCAGAGAGCCGCCCAGCUCAACAACAGACACAGCAUGGAGAUCUCACACCCAGUGCUCAUCAGUUCCUCUGACCCCAGGGCUGCUGCACGCAUCCAGGAUGCAUCUCCCCCAGGUCCCUCUCCCUCCUCGGCAGGGGUACUGGUGCCCCCCAAAGUGGCAUCCAUAACCUCUGAGCUGCUGGCCCAUGCCAAGGUGCAGCUGCCACUCAACAUAUAUCUGGCUCUAUACGCCUACAAGCCCCAGAAGGCUGACGAGCUUGAACUUAGGAAAGGGGAGAUGUAUCGGGUGACAGAGAAGUGUCAAGACGGAUGGUUCAAAGGCACCUCACUGAGAACCGCUGCCUCCGGUGUCUUCCCAGGAAACUACGUCACCCCUGUGUCCAGGGCUCCAUUUGGAGUGGGUGCUACUCGUGGCUCGUGUCUGUCCAGUCCAGUAGGUGGAAGUGGAGGAGGAGGAGGUGGGGGAAGUGGAUGCAGUCAGGUGGGGAGUAAAAUCUCUGACCUGUCGUCUCCAGCGUCCCCGGGGCCCUCUUCGUCCCGUCCCUCCACUCCACUGGUAAACUCAGCCAACUCCAUUAACACCAUUAGUCCCGCCUCCUCGCCGCAAACUGCCGCCGCCCAACUGAAGAACUGCCUGCGCUCCAGCCAACACACGGUUAACCAGGCACGCACCUCAAUGCAGCUCGUCCACAGUCCUCCUGCUGGAAGCCCGGAGCGCCCCACGGUGGCCAUCUCUCCCCUGCGUCCUCAGAGCUCCUCCCCCUCACGUUGCCACAGCCAGUCAGGUCGUCCGCUCUCCAUGGUGUCUCCGGGACCCAGCUUAGGGCCCUCACCCCUCUCUUCUCCCGCCUCACGGCCCCUUCUGCCGCUCUCAUCCCCUCUCUCGUGUCUCACACCUCCUAACGUGUCAGCAGUGCUCCUCAACGGCGAGCCAGCCAGUCCACUGCAGCCACCAUCGCCGGGCCCCUCCCAUGCCCCCACCCAGGGAGCCCUCGCACCCAAACCAGAGAAGAAGGAGAGGAAAGCGGGGGGUUUAUUAAAGCUCCUCUCAGGGGCAGCGGCUAAGAAGAAACCUCGCUCACCUCCCUCCUCCCCGCCCACCCACAACCCCUCAUUGGCUGACCCCACCCACCAUUCUCACCACCAUCACCACCACGCCCGCUCAGGUUCCUGCCCAAUGGCGUCGCAGGGGCGAGCCGGAUCCUGUCCAAUUGAGAGCGAGAUGGCAGGGGCCAUUGGGUUGGAGCCGCUGCACAGGAAGUCCGGUUCCCUGGAUACCAACUUCCCCAUGUCACCCCCAGCAACACGUGUUGGCAACCCUUUGAUGGUUCUCCGGCCCGAACCCAAACCCCUGUCUAGAGAGAGGUAUCGUGUGGUGGUGCCCUACCCCCCGCAGAGCGAGGCGGAGAUCGAGCUGCGGGAAGGAGACGUGGUGUUUGUCCAUAAGAAGCGGGAGGACGGCUGGUAUAAAGGCACCCUGCAGAGGACGGGACAGACCGGCCUGUUUCCCAGCAGCUUCGUCGAGAGCUUUUGA